AUUGUCAUUAAACCAAGUAGCUCAUGGAUAACAGAAGAGUUUACAAAAAACAAACGAAUGCAAAGGAGAAGAGGAGGAAUCUAUUGUCUAAGGUAGGAAUCCUCGUAUCCUCAAUGUGGAAGAAAGCGGAUUCAUUCCCUGACAACAGCGUACCUCUUCCCCCAUCCACUCCUACUCCUACACCCAAAGCCUUUGGUGAGGAUGCAAGCAUCAUCGUUACACCAAACAAUACUCAAUUGGACUUUGCCCCUUCUCUUAAUAAGACACCCAAUGUUUUGUUGUCAGAGUUUUUCCUGCAAAAAGGCAAUAAACCAUUGACGCCAAUCGAAUAUCAGGGUGUUAUGUCCCUUCUUUCACAAUCACAGGGAAAGUCUAAUAAUGGAAUAAUAUCUCCUAAAAUGCCAGGAUCUUUUACAAGGUAUGAUAGUCCAUCUCGUUUAAAGUUACCUGAGAAGUCUAAUAAAGAAAGGCUGUUGAUCGAAUCGACGCCAUCACAACAGAGUGUUUUGAAAAAUACCCUGAAUACAAGAGGUUUAAGCCCUCAAACUUUUGCCACUCCCGAAUAUAAACACAAGUUGCAUGGUACCACUGAAUCGGCUAUAAGCUCUGUGAAAAGAAGUGCUCCGUCUAUCAAAAGAGUCUAUCAAUUCUCCGGUUUACCAUCACCUUAUAGAACCAAAAUCAAAGCCCCAGUGUUAUCCUCGAACAAAAAGGUUCAUCAAUUUGACACUAACCAUAUGGACUCUUUGAUAGAAAAGUCGUCAAGAGAUGUUGGAAAACCUUUGAACAAGACUGCAUCUUCUUUGCUUUCUGUUUUGGAUAACAAUAAGAGGAAUCAAAACACCUAUCUUCAUCAAUUUUCAAAUCCAUACAUGGGAAAGUCUGCAAUAGCAAAAAGGCAACACAAUCUAACUGCUGACGUUAUCAACUCCUCAAUAAUGUUUGAUCAGUCCACAGAUUUGCCCGAUACCGUGUCAAACAAUAGUUCUAUUACCACUCCAGCAGCUGAAACGGCAUCUGCUGCUAAUACGAAUGUCAAUAAUUUAUCUAUAAAUGCAGCAGCACAAGCUAUUAUUCCCACGGAUAAAGCUUCCUCCACAUAUUCUGUUUCUUUUCCUACGUCUGUGAGUGCUCACCCUCAGGUAUCAGCUAUCAAAAAUGGCAACCUUUUCAACAACUCAUCCGUAUCAGCAACAACUCCUUCUUUGAGCUCUGGAGGAAACCCAAAUGCCUCCAAUGGAUCUUCUGAUAGCAGCACAAAGGAACCACAAAUUUUGGAUGCACAUGAAUCAAACACAAACACAAACUCAAACUCAAGCUCAUCCGGCCCACUGCAAGCAUUUGACUCAACGAGCCUAAAAUAUUUGGGACUGCUUGAGCAAAGCCCUAAAAAAGAAUACAGGCAGAGUUCCCUGUCCAUUUCAGCAAAUGUGAUCUUGCCUGAUGCGUCUGUUCCCCCUCUAAACCUUAGCUCCAGCGGCUUAGCUUCAAAUGGAGGGCCUUUCAAUUUCCCACAACUAGAGUUGGUCGCAGUGGAGCUUGAUUCCGUAAAGGUCAGCAAUUACAAGUAUCUCUUCUCGUUCAAUGAAUAGCAUCUACUGUGUACAAUUAAAAUGGCGUCGUUUUCGUGUGU